GCCUCCCCGCCCUCCCCCCCCUCCCCGCCCCGCCCCCAGACCAGGCAGGGCGGCUCCUCUUCUCCUUCCGAAGAGCAGAACCGGAGGCGAAGAAGGAGGCAGAAUGCACCGGGAGGAUUCUCUUGGAGGCGUCGAAGACUUUGGUGCAAAGGAACCGGAUCCCCCCUCCAGGGUGAGCCGCGUCCUCGCCCGCCAGAGCGUGGGACUCCCGCCGGAGGAGUGUCAGCGCCGGGUGGAGAAGCUGGCGGGGUGCGACCUGGUGGAGCCCCCGACGCCCUCCUGCUCGCCCGCCUUCCCCUACCGCUCCGUCGACGGCUCCUGCAACAACCUGGCCAACCCGAAGUGGGGGGCGGCCAUGAUCCCCUUCAGGAGGUUCCUCGACCCGGCCUACGAGGAUGGCGUCGAUGCCAUGCGAGGCAGUGACCGCUUGUUUGGUGCCGAGUUGCCGUCGCCGCGAGCCGUGAGUGCCAUGUUGCAGAAGAGCGAGCAGCGUCCCCAGCGUGGCCUCAUAACCCUCAUGGUCAUGCAGUGGGGCCAGUUCACCGACCACGACAUCGUCCACACGCCGGAAGCUGCUCUGGUCGAGUCGGGGAAAGACGGUGAAGAGACCAAACCUGUGGAGUGCUGCGAGUCGGGCCGAGACCUUCCCUUCGGCGACGGCGUGUCAGACUGUCAGCCCAUCGACGUCUCCGAGGACCCGCUCCACAGGUCGUUCAACAGGGCGUGCAUGAAGUUCGUCAGGUCGCUCAUCGCCAACCAGGGCUGCGUCCUCGGCCCCAGAGAACAGCUGAACCAGAUCACGGCCUACCUCGACGGAUCAGCUGUUUACGGGUCCAGGGACUCUGUGGCCGACGAGCUGCGGGCCCAUAUCGGAGGCCGCCUCAACUGGACCAACAGCCCGGCUCCUGGACGCGGCCACCUCAUGCCCUUCGUAGAGUGUGAGGGGGGUGAAGGAGGCGCUGGAGGAGGUCAUUGCUUCAAGGCAGGAGAUCUGCGCUCGAAUGAACAGCCCGCCCUUGCUUCCAUGCACACUCUCUGG